AUGGGUUCCGUGCUUGCCAGCUAUAAAUCGGCCUUCGAGGCAUCCUUGACUUCUCAGGUGCUUCAAACCCCGGGUUCUGCCGAAUCACUCUAUCCAACCCAGUUGGUUGGUCAAUUCAACGGCUACAUCAUGGAUAUUUGUAACCUUAUAUGGCGAAACCGAGGCCUCAAUGGCGAGGACCCCAACGCAUUAGGCUGUUUGAUACCUGCUCCUACAAUCGCUGCACUCACGCAAUAUGUCCGGGAUGCAACAGACAGCGCUCGAGAAAGGAAGAGGGAGGCAGCGUUUACCUACAAUCUGUCUUCGAUAUUCUCUCUUAGCCAUAAUGUUGCACUCUGUAAUAUGUCCGCUGCGUGCUUCGCUGAUAUCGAGGAGGAAAGCGAUCUCAGCGAAAAUCAGCCAAGGCUAAAGAGACCAGUAACCCAGAAAGCACUUAGUGCCUUGGAGAAGGAAGGCGGCAUUAAGGUUGCUUGGCAGGAAUACAGGGUGCGAAUGUUGGACUGGCUGGAGGCGACAGGAAGUAUUGGCAUUGGAAGCUUAAUGCGGAGCACGAUGAAGGCCUUACGGAAAGAAUGA